GGUCUAACAAUAUUGGUCGUUCUGAUAACGCAAUGCAGACAUCGGAAACACCAGAUAGCUUAUCUAAAUCACUUGUUUUCUUGUAAUUAGUCCAUUUUAUAGUUACGCAAGUUUGUUUAGUUUGAUUUAGUAUUAAUGGGACAAAUAACGAUAGUGAAGUGUUCAAUUAAUGUUGUAGUAUUCAAUUAGUUAUAAUGGACGAUGCACCGAGCCGGCUGUUGAUUGAUUUAAUAAUGAAAUGAUCGUAAAAUAGUGUGUGAUUUACAACUUGCUAUCGCAGUUAUUAUACGGUUAAUACGAUUCUAUAAAUAGGUUUUUAUGAUCAUCAGCGUCUUCAAAAUGUAUUUGCGGAGUAUGAAUGCAAGUGAUGUGGCUGCUAGCGGCACUCCUGGCCGCGUGCGCUGCGGUCGGCAGCACGAUGUCUUGCAACGAGGCGCGAACUCGCUGCGCUUACCGCACGGGCUGCGGCGCGGCGCUCGGCAACUACAUGAUGAUGUGUGAAGCGGUCCUGUCUGAACCCUCGGCUACUAGUUCCUGUCCUAGGGAGUGUGGGAACGCCCUUAUUGCCUUGACUUCCACUGAAGAGGGGAAGGAGCUUAUGAAUUGUGAAUGCGAAGACGAAUACUGUUUGGAGGCGAAGCAACGCAUCGACAUCUGUCGACCGCAAGUCAUGAAAGGAGCAGCCAACGCGACUUCUUCAUGUAGCCUCUCCCAACUCAUCUGCCUCGCCGACGCACAGUGCGCCACAGCACUACAGUACUACCACCGACUCUGCCGCUCCAUGUUCCGCGGCAGAAAGUGCUCCAACAAGUGCCUAAACUCCAUAGAAAUCUUAAGAAAGCAAGAGAAAGCGGCAGCGUUAACAGCCUGCCAAUGCGACGGCAAUGAUUACGACUGCCCAAGAAUGCAGAACAACCUAGCGAGGCUAUGCUACCACAAGAUGAAGAAUCAUACAAAGAACCAUGAUAGACAUGGGGAGAAACACAAGAAGCCCCCUGUAGAAGAAGUAGUGCAAGUCAGUGCCGCGAACUUUGUGCGAGUGUCCGCGCUCAUCGCGCUCAUAUGCGUGUCUAGUUACACCUUCAUUACGUGAUACAUGGUGAAGUACUUCUAAUAGCUGAAAGUGUACAAUACGAACAUUAUAAUAAGGACACUGCCAUGGAAGAGACUAUACGUUAGAUAAAUUCUGUAGUGUUUCUAGAUAGAAAUAAUUUAAGCUAAGACGUUGAAGUACAAUACAAUUUAGUGUACAUUUGUAAAAACAGUAUUAGUUAGUUUAAGGCUAUCGUGAGGGAAUCAAGGGUAAUUAUGUAGAUUGUUGUUUAUAUUUUAACUAUUGGCUUAAUAUGAGAGUGGAUGUGUCGCCGCCCACGGGCUGCGCAGGCGUCGCUAUAAAUACGGCGGCGCCGGUGGUCCGGUGACAAAUGCUGGUCUGUUCCCGAUGUAGCGCCACGCCGAUUGAUCUAACGACUGUUCCGGUAACACCAUCAUCCUCACAUAUUUACGUCAAAGAGAAACUCUUGUAUCUCUCUUUGUCGACAGAUGUGAAGAGGAUAGUGUUAGCUGAGCCGAGCAUGAGAUGUGUAGUAUGGAUUAGGGAAGUGGCUGAUCUAAUGACACAGUCGCGGCUAAAUCCGUUAGGCGGCACUAAUCGUUCCCACUGAUGUAGGGCGUUGGUUAACGUUUUACAAAUAUGCGGUAUGGGAUGCCAGAUUUUUUUCAGAACGUCUUUUGAUACUUUUCUUUGACAUCCGUUUUAUUUUUUAAGUGGGUGUGUGCUUUUGAGAGAUGAAUGUCAGCUCUAGUGUGAGAAAUUAGAGGGGUAUGUCAGUAAUGAUCGAGUGAGUUGUCGAUCUAUUUCUAGGUCCAUAGGGAGCAAGAUCGGUCAUUUAUUAUCGUUCAACAUUCUUCAUUAUAAAAUCGGUUUUAUUACACAUCGUUGACCAAAAUUGCAGCACAUACUCAAACAUGUUUUUUCCUCGAGAUUGAGAUAUCUGUCUUACCGCGAAAUCGUUGAUUUUUUUCGAAGUAUCUCAUUUAAAAUGUUAAGAGCGUACCUACAUGGGCUCGUAAAAUAGUACCAAGGCAAACGAAUGUGCGUAUUGUUGGUACGUUUCUCAGUAACGUGCGUCUGCCCAGUAAUGAAGAAGAACCGGUCCCGUAACAGGCUACAUGAGAGAUCAAAUCAGAGCAACGUGAAUGAAAUAGCUUUAUGGGUUUUAGGAGGAAAAUUUUAACUAUAAAAUACCGAAAGUAGAUAAAAAAUAUAACUUUGCUUUUUGAAGUUCUUUAAGAUUUCUAGGAAUUGCAUCUAUCAGAAAUAGCCUUUGAACUUAAAGCAAAAUAACAGAUUUUUGGAGCUGACCCGGAUUUCUUUAGUUUAUUAGUCAUUGCAUUACUCAUGUCUUAUCAAAUUAGUGCAAAUGUCAUGAUUUCUCUUGGUUUGUGUUCUGAACAUUUUAUAUCUUUUUCCUGUAAAAUUCCGACUGUCGAAUUCAAAUUCAAAUUCUGAGACGGCCUUUGAACUAUUGAAUAAAUUUUCAGAACUCCAGGUCAUUAUGAAGUUGCUUACAAUAGUCUUUCCCAGAUUUAUUUAGGUACUAUUAAAUAGAAAUUCCUAUGAACUUAUAAUAACAUCGUCCACUACCAAUACAGGUAUUAAAAUCCCAUAGUAUAUUUUCCCAUACCACUUUAUACCAACAAACCGCAACAUAUAAUGUUAAUAAGAUGCGUAUGCGACAGCUGUGUAUCGGCCAUCAAGUGCGCAGUUUGCAUAGCGCAUCUAAGGCUUUGCGCGGGCGCAGUGACGUCACGACUUGCCCAUAUAUCUCUUCACACAAGUGACAUGUAACUUUGUAUGCAUCCCGCAGACGUCAAAGUAGUGUCUCGUCACCCGAAUCAUGUUCUAAUGUUUAAUGCAACAGUAGUUUCUGAGCAGAAUACUAAUCGGUACUGAUCUUAAUGUUGAUUUUAACUCCGUUAGGCUGCGGCUCCGCUGAGGCGGAGACGAGCGGAGCGGAGAGGAGUUGAUGGGGAUGGACCAAUCACAUUACAUGAAAUCCACAUCUCGUCUCCGCUCCGCUUCAAUGGAAACAGUCAAGCGAAGACGAGAGGAGCGGAGAGAAGAAUUGUGGGGAUCGACCAAUCGUAUUACAUGAAAUCCACAUCUCGUCUCCGCUCCGCUUCAAUGCCUGCCGAUGGAAAUAGUCAAGCGCUCCGCUCGUCUCCACCUCAGUAGAAUCACAUACCUCUUUUCACAGCUCUGCUCCUCUCAGCUCCGUUCGUCUCCGCCUCAGGAAUCACAUACUUCUCUUCACAGCUCUGCUCCUCUCAGCGCCGCUCGUCUCCGCCUCAGUAGAGCCGCAGCCUAAGUCCGUACCUAGUUUACUUACCUUCGAGAAAUCGUUCACAUGUUUGUAGAUUGUUCUUGUAAACGUUUACAUGGCUUUGUUAGUAAUUGAGUUACAAGGCAUUGCAAAUUUGCGAAGUAUGACUUGCCAGUUUAAUUAUUUGCGUUUGUUGUUUGCGUGUUUUGUGUCAACAGUUGAUCAUGUGCUGUUCUUAGGGUUUUAUAGAUUACAGUUCUUUUUUGUUUCAUUUGAAACCAUCGAUAUCUGUACGUGUAUAUCUAAGUGAUCAAGUAAUAUGGCUUACAAUGAAAUAUAUGCUACAAAAUGGUCAUUGUUUGGAAAUUCCGUAAUCGUGUGUAAUAAUUUAACUUACUUAAUUUAUAUUUCACAUCAGUAUAGAAUAUACCUCAGAUAUACAUGUUUGUAUGUGUUCAUUAGCUUGUUGUUAUUAUAUGCUUGUGUGAGUGUGUGUGUGUGACUUUGUAUGUGUUUCAUUCUGAGUGUAAAGUUCAAGAGCUUGUUCUACAAACGCUAUUUUUGAUUUAAUUUUAAUUUUCAAUUGACUUGUUUUGGCCCAGCAUUUGAUAUUUGCGCACAAUUUUCCAGUUUUUCUUUAGAAUAAGUAGAUAAAUAAUUACUUAUAAUAGGUUUUACUGUAAGAGAAGAAACUCAUUAACCACAGUUUACCAAAGUGAGAUUAUUAGACUUAGUACAAGAAUUGUAAAUAGCUUUAGUUCAUAACUUAGUUUUAGUGUAUUGCAUUGUUUUAAUAACUAUGGAAAUUCGUACAAAGUAUUUUAGAAUAAAAACGAAUAAUUUAUUGAAUUACCUACAUAAAAAUCUUAGUUCAUAAGUAUUGUUGUAUUUUGUUUCGUUUUGUACAAUUAUUUUAAGGAUUUUAAUUGUAUUUAUUUUACAAAAUUGCAAUAAAUUUUCUGUUUUCUAAA